AUGACUUCUACAAUUAGUGCGGGUUCAACAACAUCUCCAGUAGCUGGUGGUGGUGCAGCAGCAACAGGAAGUAACACUCAACAGAGUAGUAGAGCUGACGUUGUUAACUAUGUUGUAUUUAAGAGUAAAGGACAUCAGAAUACGGUGUUCACACCGAUGGAUAUACAUCCGGUGAAUCCUUGGGUGUUGUUUGCCGACGGCGACAACAACAUUGUCAUCCAAAACUAUGUUACCUCACAGAAGAUAUUGAAUUUCUCGAUUGGACAACACGAAGAGGAACGAAGAGAACUACAUCUACUGCAGCGAAAGAUUCCAACACUGUCGAAUCUCUCUAUAUCGUCGCCACCGACACCGCCAUCGGCCAGUCAGGCGUCGCCGUCUUCACCGUCGCCAAUGACCAACCUGCUGAUGUCACCUUCACUCAGCCAAGCACAUCGCUCACCAAACAACACCGUUAGACUCAAUACCAGUAAUAGUAACAAUAACUUGGCUAGUUCGAAUAUUGGCGGAGGUGGUGGUGGAAGUGGUGGAAGUGGAUUGUCAAACGACCACAUUUCAGGCGUUGGCAGCGGUAACACUGUCGGUAGCAGUCGAUCGACUACGAUUGGCGAUUCGUCGGACUUGCUUAUCAAUGAGAAACUAGAGAAGCUCGGACAGAUUAGAUUCUUGCAUUUCUACGAUAGACACACGCGUUUAGUUAAGGAAAGAAAGUCAAAGACAUCGCAAGCAAAGUCGGGCGUCGCUGCCAGUAGCAGUAAAGUGAACAACAGUAUUGGAUCCGAUGAUUAUAUAGUGGUUGUAGCAGACAAUCGUAUUCUCUUUAUCAACUAUCAUUCACAGCGUAUCCGUGAAGUGAAAGUGCCGAUCUUUGACUUUAAACCACCAACUUCAAUCGAAUUCUUUUCAAACCUACCGUUGGUUGCCUUUGGAUCGAGUGAUUCAGUGAUCAGGCUGUGGAAUGUCGAUAAAUGGGAACUUGAGAAACCACUGACCGGUGGUCACUCAAAGAACAACACAACCAUACUUAAAAUGAAGUCAAUAGAAAAUUCAGAUGGUGAUUAUUUAGUAACUUGUGGCAGUGAUGGUUAUACAUGUCUAUGGAAUCUAAAGACAAGUUCAUUACAGAAUCAAUUCCCAAAGGUACAUGAUAUCAUUGAUCUUUCAUAUGAUAGCAUUACAGGUAAUAUAUUAGUUUUAACAUCUGAUAGAGAUAUCAAAGAUAUCAUGUGGAAAAAGAGAGUUCCAAUCGUUGGAUACGAUUUCACAUCCUAG